CAAGAGGCGGGCCACCGGUGACGUCAUUCAGGAACGCCGCCCUGAUUGGAGGGAAGGAGGCGGAGUCUAGUUUCCCUGGUGACAGGUUGUCCGGUGGUCGCCUGGUAACCGGUCGUGGCUGUACUGGCGGCGGCAGGGCUGGCGGCUUAGGCCGCAGAGGUCUGUGGGCCUGAGCCCACGCUGGACUCUGUCCGUCCUGCGAUGACUGCUGCCCUGGCCGUCGUCACGACGUCUGGUUUGGAAGAUGGGGUGCCUAGGUCCCGUGGCGAAGGGACCGGGGAAGUGGUCUUGGAGCGGGGGCCUGGCGCGGCCUACCACAUGUUCGUGGUGAUGGAGGACUUGGUGGAGAAGCUGAAGCUGCUCCGCUACGAGGAGGAGUUCCUCCGGAAGAGCAACCUGAAGGCCCAGUCCAGACACUAUUUUGCACUGCCUACCAACCCUGGCGAACAGUUCUACAUGUUUUGUACUCUUGCUGCUUGGUUGAUUAAUAAAGCAGGACGUCCCUUUGAGCAGCCUCAAGAAUAUGAUGACCCUAAUGCAACAAUAUAUAACAUACUAUCCAAGCUUCGGUCAUUUGGGAGAACUGCAGAUUUUCCUCCUUCAAAAUUAAAGUCAGGUUAUGGAGAACAUGUGUGCUAUGUUCUUGAUUGCUUAGCUGAAGAAGCAUUGAAAUAUAUUGGUUUCACCUGGAAAAGGCCAAUAUACCCAGUAGAAGAAUUAGAAGAAGAAAGUGUUGCAGAAGAUGAUGCAGAAUUAACAUUAAAUAAAGUGGAUGAAGAAUUUGUGGAAGAAGAGACAGAUAAUGAAGAAAACUUUAUUGAUCUCAACGUUUUAAAGGCCCAGACAUAUCACUUGGAUAUGAACGAGACUGCCAAACAAGAAGAUAUUUUGGAAUCCACAACAGAUGCUGCAGAAUGGAGCCUAGAAGUGGAACGUGUACUACCGCAACUGAAAGUCACGAUUAGGACUGACAAUAAGGAUUGGAGAAUCCAUGUUGACCAAAUGCACCAGCACAAAAGUGGAAUUGAAUCUGCUCUAAAGGAGACCAAGGGAUUUUUGGACAAACUCCAUAAUGAAAUUACUAGGACUUUGGAAAAGAUCGGCAGCCGAGAAAAGUACAUCAACAAUCAGCUUGAGAAUUUGGUUCAAGAAUAUCGUGCAGCUCAAGCCCAGCUGAGUGAGGCAAAGGAGCGAUACGAGCAGGGAAAUGGAGGAGUAACGGAGAGAACCAGACUCCUCUCUGAGGUUAUGGAAGAAUUAGAAAAGGUAAAACAAGAAAUGGAAGAAAAGGGCAGCAGCAUGACUGAUGGUGCUCCUUUGGUGAAGAUUAAACAGAGCUUAACAAAACUGAAGCAAGAAACUGUAGAGAUGGACAUUAGAAUUGGCAUUGUGGAACACACGCUACUCCAAUCAAAGCUGAAGGAGAAGUCCAACAUGACUAGGAACAUGCAUGCCACAGUUAUUCCAGAACCAGCAACAGGCUUUUAUUAAAACAUACUGGUUUUCAUGUUUCUGAUUAGUUGGGUUUUUUAUAUCAUACUAUAUUCAUGUUACAUAGAUUUCAAAACAUAAUUUUAUGUUCAAUGGGUAUUUUUUUACAUAUACAUACUCACAUAUUAUAUCAUGGUGAUUAUGAUGGUUAAAGCCUUUACACUGAAUGUAAUGUUUAAUAAAGUAAUUACAAAUUCUCACUUUCUAA